AUGACCAACUCCUGCUGCUCUCCUUGCUGCCAGCCUUCCUGCUGCAGGACCACCUGCUGCAGAACCACCUGCUGGAGACCAAGCUGUGUGAGCAGCUGCUGCCAGCCCUGUUGCCAGCCCAGCUGCUGUGGCUCCAGCUGUUGCCAGCCUUGCUGCCAGCCCAGCUGCUGUAGGACCUGCUUCCAGCCAAGCUGUGUGAGCAGCUGCUGCAGCACACCCUGCUGCCAGCCCUGCUGCUGUGUGUCCAGCUGCUGCCAGCCCUGCUGCCAGCCCAGCUGCUGUCAGCCCAGCUGCUGCCAGCCCAGUUGCUGUGAGCCCAGCUGCUGUCAGCCCAGUUGCUGUGAGCCCAGCUGCUGUCAGCCCAGGUGCUGUAUUUCCAGCUGCUGCCAGCCCUGCUGCCAGCCCAGCUGCUGCAAGCCCAGCUGCUGCCUCAAGCCCUGCUGCCAGCCCUGCUGCCCUGAGCUGUGCUGCCAGCCAGCUUGCUCUGGACCUGUGACCGUCACCAGGACUUGCUACCAGCCCACAUGUGUCUGUGUGCCUGGCUGUCUGUCCCAGGGCUGUGGGUCCAACUGCUGUGAGCCCUGCAACUGUUGA